AUGGCUUCCACCCGCGAGACAAACGACAACUUCACGCUCUACGACCUGCGAGUCAAAGUUGUGUGCCCUGAAGGCGAGAGAAUCCUUUGCGGCGCAAAGGCAGGUGACCAUUUCACGUUAGAAGGAGAAAUGUUACAUUUACCCCCAGGGCAAGGGAUAAGCAUAUAUAGUCUUGGUAUAAUGACACACGCUCAUGACUGGAUGAGCACCGAUGCUCUGAUCGCUUGUCCGGACCCUAAUUGCAAAUCGCAAUUGAAGAUUACCAAAACAGGCACACGGGUUUUCAGCCACGCAAGCACUACGGUUGUGGGUUUGGAAGGAAACCACUGA